AUGUAUGUAGUGGUUUAUGUUGAUGACAUUAUAUUGACUGUGAAUGAUGCUAAAUUGGUUCAUGCUAUUGUUCACAAGCUGGAUAUUGAGUUUGCAUUGAAAACUCUAGGCUCUCUCAAGUAUUUCUUAGGCUUUGAGGUACAUAGGACAGAUUCAAGCAUUCACAUGAGUAAGGAUAAAUAUGUUAGAGAUCUCCUGAUAAAAACUAGUAUGAGUGACUCCAAACUGUGCUCAACCCCUAUGGCUCUAGGAAACAAAUUGACAUUUGAAGAUAGUGAGUUGCUUGACAAACCUUCUCUUUAUAGAAGCACAAUUGGUGCCUUGCAAUAUCUCACUCUAUUAAGGCCUAAUAUUGCCUACUCCGUUAACAAGUUAACUCAAUUUCUCAAAGCCCCCACUCAACUCCAUUGGCAAGCUUGUAAGAGACUUCUUCGCUAUCUUAAAGGCACAACUGAUUUUGGAAUUCAGUUCACUAAAAUUCAACGAUUUCAUCUUGAGUGUUUCACUAAUAAUGACUGGGCAGGGGACAUUCAAGACAGACGAUCAACAAGUGGGUGUUGUUUAUUUCUUGGUUCCAACAUAUUGCAAUGGAGUUCUAAAAAGAAGAAAGUAGUGUCUUUGUCAUCUACGGAGGCUGAAUACAGAGCUCUUGCUCAGGGAGCAAUAGAAAUUACUUAG